GUUUUUCAGAGGUUCCAUUGGGGUGUAGGAGUCGACAAUUUGUUUGCAUCUAUGCAUGUUUCGACUUUUUGUGCUGCCAUUAAGCCAUUUUAGAGGCAACUGAGUUCUGCACAUUAGACGCGUUACUUUGUGAUACCGAAAUAAUGUCUGACAAGAAAGCUUACCCUGUUGCAGGACAGCCACCAGCAGGUUAUGUACCAGCACCUCCACCUGGUACUUAUGGAGUGCCUGGAGCAGCUCCCUAUGGUGUUUUUCCAUCACAAGCCCAUUUGUAUGCUGCUGCAGCAGCUGCACAAGGGCCACCACCCACAUAUGACCAGUCUUUGGCACACCCUGCAGCAGUUAAUCAGCAGAUGUAUGCACAGAGUGCUGCAGCUGCACAGAUGUAUGCUCAAGGGUAUCCUGGCUACUUAGGGUAUCCGGCAUAUAGUCCCAUGCAGGCAUACUACCCAUCUCUUGCUGCAUAUUCAUAUCCAGGAAUGCAGCCAGCUCAGUUAAGGCCAACAAUAAUGGUGCCGAAUGGAUUUGAUGCUGGUGCUCGUUUUGAUGGCAUAGCUCAGCCUGUACUACCUCCAGCACCACCUGGUGUGCCUGCUAAUGCUGCUCAACUUGCUGCCAUGGCUGGUCACAAUGUUGCUCUUUCUCAAAAGAAAGGCUCAUUUCUAGCUGGUGGAAGUGAAGGAGGUUAUACUUUUUGGUAGGACUAGCAACACAGAGCAGGUAGGCAAAAACAAAAAAAGAAAUGGAGGGAGGGAAUGAAAAAGUAAACAUUUCAAAAUGUGCAGGUGGAGAACCUUUGUUUCACACCAGCAUUAAUUAGUAAACAUUUUGUUGUCAAAACUUUCAUUUCAGUUGCACAGUAGUUUUGCCUGUCAAAUGAAGUCUAUGAUAAAUUUUUAUUUAAAUAUUUGCUGACUUCUGAUUUCUGUCUGAUAAAAGUUGCUGAAUGAGAUAUGGGUGAUAGUGUGUUUGAUUACUGGAAAUAAUGUAAAAAAUGAAAAGGUUUUCCAUGUAUGUACCUAAGCCAGAGGACAAAAAGAAAUUCUGACAAAUGGAUGAUUGAAAUUCUUAGAUUUAAUAAUCAUUCAUACAAUUUUUGAAAUGUUUUAAGUUCAUUUGUAGUUUAUGCAAUCUAAUUUUUGCAAAUUGGAGGUUGGCCUGGCACAUACUUGCAAAAAGGAAUUUGACAGUGUGGAUUGUUAGUUGUGGUGAUAUGUAAGUUUGUAGGUCAUUUCUCUUGGUAUAAAUCACAUUAAUAAAGUGAACAAAAAGAUGUAAGCCCACAGUAGGAACAUAAAAAGGUGACUGAUAAGGAGUGAUAUUGUUCAUUAGUGUACAUUUUUCGUGAUGUAUACUAAGAUACAUUGAGGCCUACAGUGUGUCAGUUACAAACAUUUAGCUAAGUCAACAAAUUUCAUAUUCGGAAUGUGUGUGUGUGUGUGUGUGUGUGUGUGUGUGUGUGUGUGUGUGUGUGUGUGUAGGUAGGAGAGAGAGAGAGAGAGAGAGAGAGAGAGAGAGAGUGAGUGAGUGAGUGAGUGAGUGGGGGGGGGGGGGGGAUUUUAUUUCUGCAAGUUAACACAGUGUUCAGUUAAGACUGUAAAACUUCUUUGCUUAAUUAAACAGGUUGUUUAUAAAUGUGCAUUACAGUGCACAAGACUAAGCCCCAAAUUAAUGUGCUUUGUAUAUGUAAAAGAAUUGUUGUAUUUAGCCAGAAUGUUGCUAUGCUAUUUAGUAUAUACUACAUCUUAAUUGUAGUCUAUACUAGAAUUCAGCACCAAAUUUUUAUUUUCAUUUUUAUGCUGUUUGGUUUAUAUUAGUGUCUUCAUUGGAUAUGGUCACCCAAACAGCAUUUGCAACUUUGUCCAAAGUGUUUUAAUGUUUGGUGCUAAGUAAUCCUUUGUGUGUAAAAUUGAAUUUGCUGGGAGGCAUUCAUGGAAGGAAGUCACAUAAAUGAAUUUAAGUAUUGAAAUGUUAUCCUUUUAACAUUUAUGUAUCCAUUAUGUCAAGUUUUGUACCCAUGCAGCUUUAAUGAUUGUUACAGAAGUUUUUGGACUCCCCCCUCAGGAAAAAAUGAGUGUUGCUGUUAGAUGAUGCUUCAGCCCAUUAUUGCAAGUGUUUAACCCCAUGGACACUCACAGAAUCAGGUUUCUGUAGUAGGUGGUGUGAUGAGGAUUGCUCUUACAUUGUAACCUGAUGUUUGUAGCAGAAAGUGAUGUGCCCAGGACCAGUUUCAUUUGUAACUACUAUGGGUGGAAUUGAAGUGGGCUACUGACAAAACCACUACAAUAAAUUCUUUUAUUGAAUGACCACAGUUUUAUAGUUCAGUAUAUCUUGAAGGAUAACUUAUUUGCCAGUGUUAAGACUUGGGUUCAACACAAUUUGAUCCUUGUAUACAGAACAGUAGUUGCCAUCAUUCUCAUCUUUCCACAAAAGUUAAAUGUACCUUAAGGUUUCAUAUGAAUUGUAAAUUUCUAGUUUCUACAGUUCACUUAGUUCCCGUUUCGUGACCUGAUGUGUUCAUUACAAAAGCAUUGAAGCAUUGAUAAGAGUAUAAACAGUAAUUUUUAAAAUGGCACUGUUAAUUGCGGUAUAUUUGGUACUGAGUAAUUCACAUUUUGUAAAUUUUUGAAAACAGUUAUGUUCAAAAUUUUGUUGGUUAUCAUAAAGUAUUAAUUUUAUCUAGAAAAAGUUAAUCACCUGUGACAAAUGUAAGAAAAUUGCUUUUUGCUUCCAAAUUUGUGUAAUUCUUCAUUUUGUGUUAAAGUUCAAACAGAAAUUAAUCACACAUACUGUGCUCAGAAUUUGCAUGUGUAACAGACUCAACUGAUCCUCAUAGGUACUCUCAAAUAUGGGUUUAGUACUUGAAACUGUGUAAAACAUAUAUUCUGCAAUAUUUUUUUAAAAUGUGGAAAUUUUACUUCUUAAAUUUGUUGUUGAAAAUUUCAUGUUGGGUGAUCGUAGUGUGCAUAAUUGCAGGCUUUAAAGCACUUGUUUAUUGUUGAGAACUACCUGAACUGUUCUGAUUGUUAAAGUCCUCACUGUGUGCUAAAAAUGAGAAACUGUGAUAUUACAAUUUUUGGCUUUAAAAACCUGUUACUGUUAAAUAAUUGGUCAUAAUUUGGGGCAUAGCAACAGCAUGAAUGUGCAGUUAUGAACAUUUGUAUCAAACUGAUAAAAAUUUGCAUUGUGGAAAGAGCUAAAGUUUUGUUUACGAGGCUUUAGUAAUAUGUUGACUGUUGAAAGUAAGUUUCUUGUGUUUUAAAGGAAAAGUCCAAAUUACUGUAUGAACUAAUUUUUGUUGAAAAGUGUAACUUCUUUCUUUGGAAACAUUUGCAGUUUUUGUCGAUGAUAGAAUAAUUGUUUAGUGAGUGAUUCAUACAGUAUAACAAAAUUAUUUUGUAGAACAAUGCUUGAAUAUUGUGAAGCAUUCCAUUGUACAUGCAGAUUUAUUAAAUCUGGAAUAUGCAGCAAUUAACACAGUUAGUACAAGUAUUUACUUUUUGUACAUUGUUUAUGCUUAUGACUUUAUUUACUAUGAUAUACUGAUUCCUGAAUAUUGCAGUGGAAAAUACAAAUGUGUGUUUGUAAUUGCUACUUGCAGCUUCAUGGGGUACAAAAUUUAAUAGACUUUAAUAGCAGGUUUGACUAAAAUAUUAAUACUUGCAUUCAGUGAGCUCAAAAAUUUUGAAUCUAUUGGUAGAGACAGUAUUAGAUCAGAACAAGAGAUUUUAUUUCAGAAUGAAAAUUUUUCUGGUUUUUCACAAACUAAGUGGGUAUUGUGUGAAAAAAUAAGUGGUAUGAUCACUUGUGGUGACUGGAGUGUUUCAAAGGAAUGGGAGAAAUGUGGCUCUUUACAUACUGUGUUUUGUGUUUCAUUCCACCUUCUGGAGUAUAAUUGGGCUGCCCACGUGUUAUGAAGUUUGUGAAACAAUCAAGGCAGCUAAUACAUCUAAAUUCAAUGUUAGUGCUGUGAUAUUUUGAAAUUUUUGUAGACACUUGUUUUUAACACUAGUGUUAUUUUCAAUCUGGAUAAAGUUAUUCAACAAAAUUUUAGACUUUAGUAGUUUAUUCAAAGCUAUGAAUCAGCAGUUUAUAUAAGAACUUAAUUGGUGUAACAAAGCGCGCGUGCGCACACACACACACACACACACACACACACACACACACACACACACACACACACACACACACUUUCAGGUAAGACUAUCAACUGUGAUCUUUUUAUAGUGAUGUGCUGAUAGAAAUGAAACAAACUACUGUAAUUCAAGGACUUAUUCUUUAUUAUGAAAAAUGAAAACUGGUUUGGAAGUUAUUCAUGCUAUGGAAAAUAAGUCAUUCACUGUUUUUUCGUAUUCACAAGUUAACUGCUUAUCCUCACAAAGGGCUUUGUCUGCUUCAAAAUAAGUCUUGUGACUUUAAUAAGAUUCUGAAAUGGAAUAUGAGUAACUUUGAUGCACAGAUUUGCAGUUCUGAAAAUACAUUUAAUAUAUUAAUAGGUAUUGAUGAGCUGGUGUUAAAUUCUUGUUAUCCUUUGACUGGAUGUUAUAUAAAUCAAAAAAAUUGUCAGUUAAAAAUUUUGUAUCUUAAGACUGAUAUCUUAAUAUCUUAAUGAGAGUAUCAUCAGCUUUAACUACUUCAGUCUUAAAUUCUAUUUUAUUGAACUUUGCAAGAAUCUUUUCAGUUUUAAUGUUGAGUAGUGCGGAACAAAUAAAAUAUAUUUGUUUGGCAUUUCUAAAUGUGGCUGAUGCAGGAAACAAACAAGAUUUUAAACAUGGCUGCAACAGCAACUGUUGAAAUUCUUCACGAUAAAGGAUGACAGCCAUAAACAGUUGCAGGAUCCUGCAACUGUUUAUGGCUGUCAUCCUUUAUCGUGCAGGAAAAAUAACUCGUAAGGAAAUUGCAAAAUCUGAAAGAUGUUUGUUUCGUUAUAAAUGUGAGUUUGGCAGAAGAUCAGUUGCUGUAUAUGCACGAGUCCUGGAUGUGACAUGUCUUGCUGGAUUAUCUUUGUCUCCUUGUAACAUUCUUGUCUACCACAUUCCAAAGCAAACGACUCAAAUGUCAGGUCCAGUUUGUUGCCAUUACUGUUACCAUUGAUAUUACUUCAUAUGACAUUGUUUGUAAAUAAAUCCAUAUUAAAAAUAUCUUCAGUAUUUCAGUAUUACAUUUCAUUUAAGCUUUUAAAGCUUAUUUAUUUUGAAAUCAUGCAGUCAGCCCAUUGAAGUUUUUAACUCAGCCUAUUAACCUCCAAAAUUUUUCCAAGUGUUGCAAAGUUUUAAAAUGGCCAUGUAUAUUUUACUUGCACAGAAAAGGUGGAUUUUUGUUCUUAAGUAAUUUAAAAGGUGAUCGGAUGGAAAGUAUGCUGUUAAUGUACAAAUUUAUUGGCGUUAUUGAACUUCAGUGCCAAACUGACACUGUUACAUUACUACUGAAAUAAAAGUACCUGGAUUUCUACAAAAGUAAUGUGUGAAGUUACAAGCCAGUGUUGUACACAUAGUUCAGGAGUCAUUUAUUCUUAAUAAUCUGGCUUAUCACACUCUUUGGAGCAUACCUGUGUGUGCGCCAUCUCCUUUUGCGCACACAUUUUAAAUAUCUAAUAAUUAAGACAUUUUGCUAAGUAAUUUUGGAAUAUACAUGUGGUUACUCAUGUAUUUACGAGAUAUUCCUACCUCGAACUGACCUGCACUGGCUGUAAAUGAAGAGGAAUAAUUUCCAGUUCAGCAAUAAAUUUCUAUAUAACAAAUUUUGAGAAAGUUAAUAAUUCUUAUUUCAGCAUGGGUAUAAUAUGUAUUAGUAUCUUUGUUACUGCUCUGAUAUACUCAUUAAGUGUGGAUGAACUCAUUUUAAAAAGAAAGAGAUGGUAUUUAAAGUGAUAAAAUGAAAUUUUAUACCAAAGGUUGCUUAAAAGUUUGGUCACCUUUUGCUCAAGAGCUAGAAUUCCUUUUGUAGAUAAACAGAGGCUAUCUAUUCAUUUUUUAAAAUCCAUAAAUAAAUGGACACUAGUAGUUUCAGUAAAAAUCUAUUGAAUUAGAAGGGUGGGUGUAUCUUUAUCAAAACACAAGCCAGCCAGCCUCCACUUGUUACAUAGUUGUUUUAAUAAUGGGUUGAAUUUGGGAUACCACAGUUUCAUCUAUACUUAUUUCACAGGAUCAUCAUUACAUAAAGCUGUCUUACAGCAAAGGAUUGUAUAAUUUAAUCAGAAAGACUUCCAGUAAUAACUCUGCGAUUGUGUAUUAUCUUCAAACAAGAGUAGCAUGUAGAUAAAGGUAAGUAAGUCAGUGAUGAAGGAAAACAGUUGGACUUGCAGAUCUGUAAUGUAGUUAGUGUACUAUUAGUAAAUUUUCUUUUGAGACCAGCAUGCUGGCAUACAGUGAAAAAAAUUGUAACCUCUGGAAGUGUUGUUCACCACAGCUUAUUUCUCAGUGGAGCCAUGUUACUGUUUGGCAUCUCCAUUUGUUACAGUGUAAAUUAGGUACAGAUGUGCUUACCGGUUCAAUUUCUUUACCCUCUUAAAACAACAGUUAUAUGAAAAUGAAAGGACACUUAUUGUAAAAUGCUGUAAGCACCACUGAAUAUAAGAAGUUACUUUGAUUUUGAAGUUGGAGAAACAAGUGCCUAGAGAGAAGAGCCAGCCUAUGGUGGUCUGGACAGUUUUUCAUUACUUUAAGCAUGUUAAUAUGUUGUCACAGAAGUGUGUAUCAUUAUUGUGGGGUGUUCUGCCAAUAAGUUGGUUCUCCACUGUAACUGAAUGCAUACACUGUGCUGACACACAAAUAUUUCUCUCUCUCUCUCUCUCUCUCUCUCUCUCUCUCUCUCUCUCUCUCUCUCUCUCUCUUGUGUGUGUGUGUGUGUGUGUGUGUGUGUGUGUGUGUGUGUGUGUCCACCUUUCACCCCUGCACCAUUGAUGAUCUGUGACAGCAAAGAGAGAUUCUAAAUGAAACUAUGAAUCAUAUUGGAAAUGUAGCUUUAAUAAAUUAUAGGGGUAUUGUAAUGUAAUGACUUUGUCAGUGUUAAAAUUUGUAGACAAUUCGUGAGCAAGUGUCAACUGCAUUUUGUAAACUUACCAACUAAAUUAUUCCUGUUUUCAUUUUUAUUUUUAUAUUAUCUUGUUACUAGUUUUGUUACACUGUUUAAUUUAAGUAGUUAGUGAUGUACAAACAAUUGGCAAUGCAACAAAGCUGUAAAGAAUGGAAUGGUAAACUCUAAAGCCAAAAAUGUAACGGCAUUAAAUGGAUAUUACAACAGUUAAUAAAGAUAAAACAUUUUUAUUCUUUGAGUAUUUAA